AUGAUCUUGAUCAUUUAUUUUCUCUUACCUACUAUAAGCAAAGCAAUUUAAUCCUAUUUCGUUAAGUAUGGUGAGGUUAAGACCUUAUUUAAAGUAAUGGAAGCAUUAGAAGCCUAACUUAUUUUGAUUGAGUAUUGAUUAAAUUUAAUCUAGUGAUGAGNAAUCUGUUAAAUAUAGAGAUUCUAUAUUAUAAGUUUGUAGUAUGGAAAAAAUAAUAAGUAAAAUGGAAUCUAAAUAUAAAUCCACUUAUAUAUGGUGUUUAGCUAAUUUAUCUAUAGGAAGACCAAGUCCUAAAUUUGAUAAAAUAAAACCAGCAUUUGAAAUAUUUGCAAAAGUAAUUUUAGAAGAAUUUAAUUAAUAAAAUUUAAAAAUGAUUAAUGAUGCUAUUUGGGCAUUAGGAUAUAUGAUUGAUGGUGAACCUAAAAGAAUAGCUGCUCUAAUAAAUAGUGGAGUUGUACCUUAAUUAAUAAAUUUAUUACCUAUGGGAAAUUUUGUAUCAAUUCUAAGAAUAUUUGAAUGUAUUUUUUAUGGAACCGAUGAAUAAAUUAAAUAUUUAUUAGAAUGUGGAUUCAUUGCACAUAUAAGAAUGAUUGUAGAUCCUAAAAGUAGAGAAAAAAGUGGAGAUAUGAUUUAAACCUUUGCAGCAACAGAAACUUUGUUUAAGGUUUUAUCUAAUUAAAACUUUCUGAUCUCUCUUUUUAGAUCAUUAAGUGAUAAUAAUUCUAAUUUAAGAGGAGAUGCUUUAGAAGUUAUUGGAAAUGCUAUUUAACAUGGGACUAAUGAAGAUGUUAAUUAACUUGUUAAAAAUGGACUUAUUUUAUAUAUACUAAGAAUGUUUGAAAUUGCAAAUGAAAAAGAAAUAGCUGUUAAUCAUCUUAAAAAAGGACUCGAAAUACUUAUUAAAAUUCUUAGAAAAGGGGAAAUUAAACUCAAAGACAAUAAGUCUAAUUAAUUCUUUACUUUAUUUAAAUAAUUAGAUGGAGUUAGUAUAAUUCAAAAACUAUCAUCCUGUAAAUAGGACGAUGUUGCGAAAUAUGCUUUAAUAUUUAAACAGGAAUUUGCCAUAUGA